CGUCAGCUCAGUUUCAGACUGGAGCAAAAAGCGUCACCGAUUGCCAGCACAUGUACUGUUACGGGACCAAGCGGAACAGUAGUGCAGAUCCUACAAAGCUCUACUCUAGUGCGGAGUGAUGGCCGUAUUGUUAUCACUAACGAGCACAACAUCACAACCGAUAUGUAUACUGCAACACUGUCAAUCUCAGCACCAGCUGUCAGUGAUCAUGCGUUAUACGCGUGCAAGGCUAGUUUCGAUGGCGAGUCAACGCGAUGUGAGUUCUUCCUUUCUUUGAAUAACACCGGCAUUGAUCAGGAACCACCGUCUACACCAUCGCCCAUGACAGUACCCCUGUCAGCUGGCGUUGAAAUCCCCAACAACCGAGCAGGCUCAAGCAUAGCAACGUCUCCCGUGGCAACAGCAUCCAGUGCAACGGAAACGUCAGCGGCCCCGGGUGUCAACACAGCCUCAUCCGCUUUCAGCCAUCAUCUACAAAUUGUCAUCAUAGCAGUGGCGGGUAUCGGUGGUUUUGUGCUUGGCUUGCUCGUGGCUUAUCUAGUCAGCAAGUACGGCGCAUGCAUGUCGAAGUCGGCAAACCACGAGCGCGUUACGACCUCCUGGCCUGCGUGGAUCACUAGCAAUUACAUGCACAGUCGCCGUCAAACGGCUAUCGAUGGGUGGCAGGCUUCCAAUGACCCGGCGAUCUGCAAUGAAACGGACGAAAGGGGUUGCGAGCCAGAAUACAAGGACAUAACUGCAUCGUAUGGUCGCAGCAGUUCAGCGGGACUUCUGGACACUUCUAAUACCGCGUCCGGCUACGAAACUGACCAGUCUACCGGCAGCAACGACAGAAAAUCUAGCUGCACAUCGGAUAGGCGUCUGCAGGGCCUGACGUUGAGACCAGCAUCGAGUCACAGUCCCGCUAACAAGUGUGAGUCUCGGCAGAGCAUUGUGGAGCUGGCCGAAGAGGACAUUUCGGCACAUCACCCUCCCAGGAGCAUGGCAAGCAUGAGUGAGUACGUUGAACCUACAUGCUCUUUGGAGCCAAACGCACCACCCUUGGCCGGCGGUUUCCGGAAUGACCUUGCCAAAGCCGGCAGUCGAGGCAUUUCCGCAAAUAUUGCAUCUCACACGAGAACGAACGAGUACGUUGAACCCACUUGUUCACUGGAGCCGAAUACAGCUCCCGUCACCGGUGGCUUGGGGGAUGAGAUUGCCCUUUUCGACAGUCGAGACACUUGCUCUACACAUUCUCACUGGAGAGCUAUCCAGGCUAUUGUGGCUACUUGCCCGUUGAAGCGAAAUACACCACCUGUGGCAAAUGGUUUGGAGGAUGAGCGUUUCCAUGGGGACAGUCAAGUGUAGCCAUGGCUACCCAGGUGAAUGGUCUAAUCCUAUGGGUGAUGAAUAACCAUCGGUCUAGGGCAUGCCGCAACGUGCUGUAACUUGUAGGAUAUGCUCAUGUGCCAAGCAGGCGUGCCUAUCUGGUCGACUAGAAAUAAUAAUUUGCAUGCGUGAGCGAGUGUGUGCGAGAGUGUGUUUGUGUGUGAGUGAGUGUAUGUGUGUGUGUGUCUGUCUGUCUGUGUGUCUGUGUGUAGGGGUGUGUGCGCACACACUUGCGUAUGUGCAUGUGUGUGUGUUUGUGUGCGCACGCGCGCGUGUUGUAUGUAGGUACUUUUGGAGGAGAUGAGUAUGUCGUGUGUUCAUGUGCCACUUGCAUCCCCUGCUGUGUGUGUGUUUGUACUCUGAGUCACAGGUGCAUUGCAAUCUCACCUCAGCACUGAUUUCAGUAUUUUUUCUUCUUUUUUUGUUAUCCAAACAUACGUACAUGGUCGCUCUACUGCAAACGUCGCCCCUGGUUCACCGAAUUUGCAAGCGUGGCGCAUGAUCAGUGGUGAAUCGUAAGAACACGUUUAUGGCCUCGCCCUGAGAAUGACAUGCCUUGGCCGGCCGCUAACCUGACUCAUGACUACGUGACUUCUCCUAUGCAGACUCAGAGACCAUGUGACUUCUCCUAGGCUAUAGUAUGCGGACUCAGAGACCAUGUGACUUCUCCUAUGCAGAGUGCAGACUCAGAGACCAUGUGACUUCUCCUAUGCAGACUAGGCCUAGCCCAAAUUUGCUCGGGGCGUUUCGAUAUUUUGCCGGCAACUUUUGCCCGGGCACUUUCCGUAUUCUUGGCAUUGCCUUUCGUUCCGAUAUUUUGCUCCAUUUUGCUCCUGCUUUGUGGCAAAAAUGGUUUCGAAUGAACCAUCUACUUUGGUAAAAUUGGAUGGUGAAAGCAAAACUUUAAAUGGUGUCAGUAUU